CCCUCAACGUGACCUGACAACAGGUGUGGCCCAUCAACUCGAUCAGUUUUGGCUAGUUGCUCUUCUCUCUGGACUCGAGAAAGUUACACGUCUUAAGUUGCUCUGAUGUUCGAUAUCAAGGAUAAACUUAUGUUUUUUCCAUAAUUGGCUUAGGUUUUCGCGGGAGGAUGUUUGCAGUUUUUAUUGUGAUAUACGCUUUUCUGUGGCAGUGGAUCCAUACAGCCGUGGCAGACUCCAUCAGCACAUCAGAGCAGACGUCAGCCCAGACUCAGGCUAACAGCGCCAGCAGUAGUGUACAGAUCCUCUCCUGUGAGUCUAUCCGUGCUAGCUAUGAAGCUCUGGCAGAGCAGACUCCAGACUCCGUCAAUGCCAGUGCAGGAAAUCUGUCCUGUGAGUCUAUCCAGACCAUUUAUGAAGGGCUGGCGGGGAAGCGGGCAUUCCUGCAGGACCAGACGGGCCGGCUGCGCAUCGUGGGGGGGGACGAGGCUCAGGCCCACACCUGGCCCUGGCAGGUCACCCUGCAGGUGGUCACCAUGCCCGCCUGCGGGGGAGCUAUUCUCACCCCCAACUGGGUCAUCAGCGCCCGCCACUGCUUCUUAAGUCACAGUAAUAUCCGGCUAUGGAAGGUGAUGGCAGGAAAGCACGAUCUCAAGAACAAAGAGGAGGCCUGUCAGCAGGUGUCCAAGAUCUCCAAGAUCAUCCCGCACGAAGGCUACAGCCGGCAGACCAAGUCCAACGACCUGGUCCUGGUGAAGCUGGAGACGGCGCUGCGCUUCAGCGACUGCGUGCGGCCCAUCACCAUCGUGAACGAGCCCCUGGAGGCGUCCAGCGCCUGCACCGUGACGGGCUGGGGGUCCACCGAGGAGUACGGACCCCGCACGGAGAAGCUGCAGGAGGUCAACGUCACCGUCCUGAGCCCCGGCGCCUGCAGCCACUUCUACCCCGGCAGGAUGAAGAAGAGGAUGAUCUGCGCGGGGGACGCGAAGGGCGGGGUGGACGCGUGUCAGGGGGACUCCGGAGGCCCCCUGUCCUGUUACUGCGGGGACCGGUAUAAGCUGGUCGGGGUGGUGAGCUGGGGCGUGGGGUGUGGCCGUGCCAAAAAGCCGGGGGUCUACACCGAUCUGCAGCGCUACACCGGCUGGAUUAAGUCCGCCAUCAAGGCCGAGCUCUCACCGGACCUGGAUGAGUCCAGCGACAGGGUCGCAGGGCUGUGUGGGGUGGCGGCGGUGCCUCCCUGGGGCCUGGGCUCGGCCGUGGCGGGGGUGCAGCAGGUGGACGGGGAGGCCUGGGUGGGCCCGGUGUCUGAGGCCCGGCCGCACUCCUGGCCCUGGCAGGUCAGCCUGCAGGCCCGGGGCCUCCACUGCUGCAGCGGCAGCCUCGUCCACCGCCGCUGGGUCCUAGCGCCCACACUCUGCCCCUGCAGGUUCAGUUGGACGGUGGACACGGUGCUGCUCGGGGCUCACAGACUCUGGCUCAGCACCUCUUACUCCUUUGGAAUAUGUGCAUCCAACACCUCCCAUGUCAAUCAAACGGGGUCGCCGCCCUCCAGCGACCUCAUGCUGAUCAGGAUCCAGGGCGCGGUGGACUUUGGGCUGACCGUCGCCCCAGUCUGUCUCCCGGACGCGGGCACUAAGCUGGACGGCAGCUGGUCCUGUAUCACCACAGGCUGGGAGCUGGGAAGGUUUUCUGCCAUCUGCCCGAACAUCCUCCACCAGGCCCGGCUGCAGCUGCUGAAGGAGAGCUCCUGCAGGAGGAGGUGGGGGGAGGACUUCUCAGAGGAGAGUCACCUCUGUGCAGACGCUGCUGGAUCCGUGGGCUGCAUGGGGAACGCCGGCGGCCCCCUGCUGUGCCAGAACGGUGGCGCGUUUCACCUCUUUGGCCUGAUGACCCGGAGCGGUGGUGACUGUGACGCCGACAGCCCGGCGGUUUUCACCCGGGUGUCCGCCUUCCGGUCGUGGAUCACGCAGAUAACCGGGGAGAGCGGAGAGUGACGCCGUGCCAUUAACGCUGCGUGUGAACCCAUACUGUACAAACCUCCCAAUAAACCUGACCGUUUCUCCCACGGACAAGGGCUGCUUCUGUGUCAAAAUAAGGGUCCGGCGGGCGGAAAUGUGGGUUUAGGCACAAACGUUUUGGAUUUGAAUUGUGAACAUUCUGGACCGAGAAGGGGGUAUCACUUGGGUGGAUUUUGGUAAGGGAGUGAUGUAACCUCUACCCUUCUUCUGAGUGAAGCUUUUUGUGUACCCUGAAAGGAAAUGGAAGAUUUAGCAUUAAUCCAGCGUUGUUU